AUGGCUGCGGAAUCACAAUUCCGGUCGCAGUGGACGAGCUGGUCGAGGAGGGAUGAGCCAGUGCGGACUUCGAGGGAUACCGGGUUCAUGUCGCGUCUGAGUGGUUUGAAUCCAUUCGGAAACGAUGGCUAUGUCAGGCUGCCCACGACGAAUGCUGAUACUCAAUUACCGGCCCGGACAAGAGAGGAGGAAGAGAGUGGAAUGUUUGCUAUGACAUAUUGGGACCGGAUGCUGGGCUUUGCUAUCUGCAAUCUUGGUGCUGCAGUGUGCUUUGUCAUUUGUUUCUUCUUAUUCCCGGCUUUCAUCUUUAAGAUUCCCAAGUUUGCAGCCUUAUGGACUGUUGGCUCACUGCUCUUCUUGAGUUCGUGGGCGAUCUUGUAUGGCCCGGUGAACUAUGCUCGCCAUCUAUUGUCAUCCGAGCGACUGCCAUUCACUGGAAUCUAUUUUGGAUCCAUUGCAUUGACAUUGUACUUCGCACUCGGGUUACACUCGGCUCUUCUCACCAUUAUCUCCAUGGUGAUUCAGCUGUGCUCAUUGCUUUGGUAUCUCGUGAGCUAUUUUCCAGGUGGAUCCAGUGGACUCCGGUUUGCUUCUCAAAUAGGGGCCAGGCAAGCUGGCGCGUGGUUGAGCGGGUAA